CCCCGUUUCUGGGCUAGCCGGGGUGCUGCCCCACGAAGCUCCGUGCAAGGCGUUGGGGGGGUUUCCUCGGGCCGCCCCCGGUCAGGUGUUGGGGGUCUCGGUGUCCCCGCAGCGCUCCGGUUCCUGAGGCUGCUGGUGUCUUCUGGCUCUCCUCAGAGGUGCUCCCCGCCGCCAUGUUUGUCCUGGUAGAGAUGACUGACACAGUGAGAAUUCCUCCCUGGCAGUUUGAAAGGAAACUGAACGAAUCCAUUGCUGAAGAGCUAAACAAGAAAUUGGCCAAUAAGGUUGUAUACAAUGUCGGCCUCUGCAUCUGUCUGUAUGAUAUCACAAAGCUGGAAGAUUCAUACAUAUUCCCUGGAGAUGGUGCAUCACAUACCAAAGUGCAUUUCCGCUACGUGGUCUUCCAUCCCUUCCUGGAUGAGAUUCUGAUCGGACAGAUUAAAAGCUGCAGUCAGGAUGGCGUUCACGUUUCUAUUGGAUUCUUUGAUGAUAUUGUCAUCCCACCAGAAUCCCUGCAGCAGCCAGCUAAGUUCGAUGAAGCAGAGCAGGUGUGGGUGUGGGAAUAUGAGACGGAAGAAGGGGCUCACGACCUUUACAUGGACAUUGGGGAGGAGAUCCGCUUCCGAGUCGUGGAUGAAACGUUUGUCGAUACAUCACCAACAGGUCCCAGCUCUGCGGAGGCUUCCACUUCAAAUGCCACAGAAGAAGUCCAGAAGAAAGAGGCACCCUACACUCUUGUGGGAUCAAUCAGCGAGCCAGGCCUGGGCCUCCUGUCAUGGUGGACAAACAGCUAGCUGCAAUCAGAGCCUGCUCCACAGAAAGUCUUUCCGGUGGCUGUUCGGGGGGUAACAGGAUCCUGCUGGUGCUCAUGGCUGCUCUGAAGCUGAAUAAGAAAUUAGACCUGCCAUUCUCUGUUUCCCUUUCAGCUUCCAACCUGCCAGAUCGAGACAGUCGCUUUCAAGAAAUGUCUUCGCUGAGCUGUAGAAGUGAAUUUACAGGCACAAAAAGCCUUGAGCGCAGCAGUAACAAACUCAGCUGGAGCUUUGGUCUCCUGCCCUGGAGGGAAAACUGGGGAGGUCUUUACUUGCCUGAGUUAAGAAGGGAGUUGACUUCAGUGAGUGAAAGCAGGAGAGAAUGCCUGUCAAGAAGUAUUGCUUCCUUGGGCCGAGAGCUUGAUCUCAGGGGGGUAGAAACCUGCCCUUCUUUUGACAGGAAAAGGAGGAGAAACAGCAAAAAGACUGGGGUUCAUAGAGGUGUGGUACUCUGGAGAAUGCCGCUGCUGGCAGGGCAGGGGAGGUGGUGGUAAUGUUCUGCUAAGAAUGGGAACUUAACCCAUGGAUGAAGUCAGCCAAAAAGAACUGGAAUGACAGUAGUUUACCCAAAAGUAACUAGGCUCUGUGAAGAUGACCACAGUGGAAAGCUACAGGCUACUCAUUGCGCUGAAUGGAAAUACUUUAUUGGGUGGGCUGUAUUUAUGUAGAAUGAGCUAAACUUUGCAGGAGUUUGACUGAAAAUAUGUAAUUAUGAACUGAAAUGGACCAAGGCUGCUUUGAGCAAGCUAAAUACUUGUUUGCAGGGGUGUGUUAAUACCAGGAAUGGAAUAAAUAGUAAAAAUGGCA